AUGGCUUCCUCUAACGCCCCGUCACAGCCUGCCAUAGGAGAUCAUCUGGUUUCCACAGCCCCAGGCCCCUCCCCAGAGGCAGAGGACGACCCUGGCGAGGCUUUCGAGUUUGAGGACAGUGAUGACGAAGAGGACACCAGCACAGGCCUGGCCGUCUCCAGUGUUGUUGCCACUGCUGCUGGGAAGGAGACAGAGCCCCCACUGAUCUGCUUCGACUCCACCCCCAUCACUGACCCAGACCCAGCAGCCGCACCAUCCCAGACUGAGGAGCUGGCACUGGUGAGCAAUGGGGACGCCGUGGAUGUGGCCGUCCCUGGGGUGCGGCGCCCCAGCUGGAAGCGGAAGAGUUCCCAUCGCAUCGACCGGUUCACUUUCCCCGCCCUGGAAGAAGAUGUGAUUUAUGACGACGUCCCCUGCGAGAACCUGGACGCCCAUCAACCUGGGGCGGAGAGGAACCUGUUGUAUGAGGAUGUGCACCGCGCCGGGCUGCCUCGCGAGGCCGAGGACCUAGGCUGGAGCUCCAGCGAGUUUGAGAGCUACAGCGAGGACUCGGGGGAGGAGGCCAAGCCCGAGGCAGAGCCCACUAAGCAUCGAGUGUCCUUCCAGCCCAAGAUGACCCAGCUCAUGAAGGCCGCCAAGAGCGGGACCAAGGACGGCCUGGAGAAGACGCGGAUAGCCGUCAUGCGCAAAGUGUCCUUUCUGCACAGAAAAGAUGUCCUUGGUGACUCGGAGGAGGAGGACAUGGGGCUCCUGGAGGUCAGCGUUUCAGAUAUCAAGCCCCCAGCCCCAGAGCUGGGUCCCAUGCCCGAUGGCUUGAGCCCUCAGCAGGUGGUCCGGAGACACAUCCUGGGCUCCAUUGUGCAGAGCGAAGGCAGUUACGUGGAGUCUCUGAAGCGGAUACUACAGGAUUACCGCAACCCCCUGAUGGAGAUGGAGCCCAAGGUGCUGAGCGUUCGCAAGUGCCAGGUGGUGUUCUUCCGCGUGAAGGAGAUCCUGCACUGCCACUCCAUGUUCCAGAUCGCCCUGUCCUCCCGCGUGGCCGAGUGGGACUCCACCGAGAAGAUCGGGGACCUCUUUGUGGCUUCGUUCUCCAAGUCCAUGGUGCUAGACGUGUACAGCGAUUACGUGAACAACUUCACCAACGCCAUGUCCAUCAUCAAGAAGGCCUGCCUCACCAAGCCGGCCUUUCUGGAGUUCCUCAAGAGGCGGCAGAUUUGCAGCCCAGACCGCGUCACUCUCUACGGACUGAUGGUGAAGCCCAUCCAGAGGUUCCCACAGUUCAUCCUCCUGCUCCAGGACAUGCUGAAGAACACCCCCAGGGGCCAUGCCGACAGGCUCUCGCUGCAGCUGGCCCUCACCGAGCUGGAGACGCUGGCCGAGAAACUAAAUGAGCAGAAGCGGCUGGCUGACCAGGUGGCCGAGAUCCAGCAGCUGACCAAGAGCGUCAGCGACCGCAGCAGCCUCAACAAGCUGUUGACGUCGGGCCAGCGGCAGCUGCUCCUGUGUGAGACGCUGACGGAGACUGUGUACGGGGACCGUGGGCAGCUGAUCAAGUCCAAGGAGCGCCGGGUCUUCCUGCUCAAUGACAUGCUGGUCUGUGCCAACAUCAACUACAAGGGCCAGCUGGAGAUCAGCAGCCUGGUGCCCCUGGGGCCCAAGUACGUGGUGAAGUGGAACACGGCGCUACCCCAGGUGCAGGUGGUGGAGGUGGGCCAGGAGGGCGGUGCCUACGACAAGGACAAUGUGCUUAUCCAGCACGCUGGUGCCAGGAAGACCCCUCCUGCAAGCCAAUCCCAGAACAAGGUAUACCUCGGCCCCCCGCGCCUCUUCCAGGAGCUGCAGGACCUGCAGAAGGACCUGGCCGUGGUCGAGCAGAUAACCCUUCUCAUCAGCACACUGCAUGGCACCUACCAGAAUCUGAACAUGACUGUGGCUCAAGACUGGUGCCUGGCCCUGCAGAGGCUCAUGCGGGUGAAGGAGGAGGAGAUCCACUCGGCCAAUAAGUGCCGCCUCCGGCUCCUGCUUCCUGGGAAACCUGACAAGUCUGGUCGCCCCAUCAGCUUCAUGGUGGUCUUCAUCACCCCUAACCCCCUCAGUAAGAUCUCCUGGGUCAACAGGUUGCACUUAGCCAAGAUCGGACUCCGGGAGGAGAACCAGCCUGGCUGGCUGUGUCCUGAUGAGGACAAGAAGAGCAAAGCCCCCUUCUGGUGUCCUAUCCUGGCCUGCUGUGUUCCUGCCUUCUCUUCCCGGGCUCUUAAUCUGCAGCUGGGGGCCCUGGUCCACAGUCCUGUCAACUGUCCCCUGCUGGGCUUCUCUGCGGUCAGCACCUCCCUUCCGCAGGGCUACCUCUGGGUUGGCGGUGGACAGGAAGGCGCCGGGGGCCAGGUGGACAUCUUCUCCCUGAACCGGCCCUCACCCCGCACCGUCAAGUCCUUCCCUGUGGCGGCCCCUGUGCUCUGCAUGGAAUACAUUCCAGAGCCAGAGGAGGAGGGGGGGGAGGAGGAUGGUGAGAACGGAGAUGAGAGCCGGACGGCCUCCGACCCCUCGGCCACAGUGCACCCAACCAUCUGCCUCGGGCUGCAGGAUGGCAGCAUCCUGGUGUACGGCAGUGUGGACACGGGGACCCAGUGCCUGGCGACCUGCAGGAGCCCAGGCCUGCAGCCUGUGCUCUGUCUCCGGCACAGCCCCUUCCACCUGUUUGCCGGCCUGCAGGACGGGACCCUGGCUGCCUACCCUCGGAGCAGCGGAGGAGUCCCGUGGGACCUGGAGAGCCCGCCUGUGUGCCUGACCGUGGGACCUGGGCCUGUCCGCACCCUGCUGAGCCUGGAGGAUGCAGUGUGGGCCAGCUGUGGGCCCCGGGUCACUGUCCUGGACGCCACCACUCUGCAGACUCAGCAAAGCUUUGAGGCGCACCAGGACGAGGCAGUGAGCGUGACGCACAUGGUGAAGGCGGGCAGUGGCGUCUGGAUGGCCUUCUCCUCCGGCUCCUCCAUCCGCCUCUUCCACACCGAGACCCUGGAGCACCUGCAGGAGAUCAACAUCGCCACCAGGACCACCUUCCUCCUGCCAGGCCAGAAGCACUUGUGUGUCACCAGCCUCCUCAUCUGCCAGGGUCUGCUCUGGGUGGGCACCGACCAGGGCGUGAUUGUCUUGCUGCCUGUACCCCGGCUGGAAGGCAUCCCCAAGAUCACAGGGAAAGGCAUGGUCUCACUCAACGGUCACUGCGGGCCUGUGGCCUUCCUGGCUGUGGCCACCAGCAUCCUGGCCCCCGACAUCCUGCGGAGCGACCAGGAGGAGGCUGAGGGCUCGCGGGCCAAGGACGACAAGCCAGACGGGCAGCCCCAAGAGCCGGCGCCCGCGCCCGAGAGCCACGUGGGCUGCGAGCUGACCCGCAAGAAGGGCAUCCUCUUACAGUACCGCCUGCGCUCCACGGCCCACCUGCCCGGCCCGCUGCUGUCCGUGCGGGAGCCCGCGCCCUCCGACGGCGCCGCCCUGGAGCACAGCGAGGAAGACGGCUCCAUCUACGAGAUGGCUGACGACCCCGACGUGUGGGUGCGCAGCCGGCCCUGCGCCCGCGACGCCCACCGCAAGGAGAUCUGCUCCGUGGCCAUCAUCUCUGGCGGCCAGGGCUACCGCAACUUUGGCGGCGCCCCAGGGGGCAGCAUGAGGCCGGCUCCGUGUGGGGAGACGGACAGCACCCUCCUCAUCUGGCAGGUGCCCUUGACGCUAUAG